AUGGAAGUGUUACAUAAUGUACAGCAUAUAAAUGAAAGGAUUCCUGAAAUUACAAAUUUUAAAAUAUCUGAUGACCAGAAGUUAAGUGUAGAAUCAAAAAAAGACGUUGAAUUUUACAUGCAAGCAUUAGCAAAUUUAUAUUUAAUAACAAAACAGAAAAAAAAAAACUCAAAACUUUUGGUAGACUCUGAUAAAUACAGAAGUUGCGGUUGCAAAAAAGGAAGAAGAUCUAGAAAUAGCAACUUUUCAGGUCAAAAUGGAAAAGGAAAAAAUGAAAAUAAUAAAAAUAAUAAUAUAAACAAAAAUUCAAAUAAUAAGAAUAACAAUGAUUGUUAUGACGAUGGGUCUGAUAGUGAUAACGACGAAAAAAAAAAUAACUUCAACAAAGAAGAGAAGGAAAAUGAUAAAAGAAAAAAAAAGAAAAAAGUAAAGAAAAACAGAGAAAAUGAAAAUUCAGAAAAAGAAGAAAGUGAUGAAGAUGAAAAUAUUAAUGAAGACGAUGCUAAUUCUGAAAAUGAGGUAGAGAAGGAUAUAAAUAUGAACGAAAACACUAAUUUAGAAAGGGAAAUAGAAUGGAUGCAAAGCAGUGAAGAAUUAAAAAUUACACAAAAAAAAAGAAAAGUAAGUAAUAUAGAUAUUAGUGGAGAAAGUAGUAUAAAUAACGAAAAUUCAUCUCAGAGAUAUCAAAGUUAUCAAGAUUCUCAUGUCAAUACAAGUAUAUCUGAUAACACCUUAAGCCUCACGAAAACAAUAGAAGCAAAUGAACAAAAAAAAGAUAAGGAAAAUUUGGAUAACUCGAACCCAUUUACUAGUAUAAAUUAUUAUAAUGAAAAAGAAAAAGACAUUGAUGAGAAAAAUCCAUUUAAUUCAAAUGAAGAUCUUUAUUUUUGCUUGGAAAAAAAAAAUACAAAAAUUAAAUUAGAUAAUGUCUUAAAAGAGUUAAAACUAAAAAGUGCACAAAAUAUACAAUAUCCAAGAACAAAUAGCGGCAAUCCUGAUGAUGAAAAUAUUUCAAAUAAUAAUACAAAUGAAAAUUUACAACAAAUAGGAGGAUAUAAAAAUAGAGUAGGAUUAAACGGUACUAAUUCUAACUUAGCACAUAAUUCUCAUAAUUCUCACAGUAUUAUUCAUCACUAUGUAACAAACGUUGGACAGAUAAAUAAAGCUCCUGUAAAACGUGCUUCUUAUAAUUUAAACAGAAAAUCACAAUCAUUUGGCAUAGAUCGUCUAUAUAAUACUGAUAAUUCACCUUACGGAAAUAACAUUUCUACUGAUUUUAAUAAAUUUUAUUCAUGUACAAGCAAUAAUGAGUUACUACAAAGUAGAGAAUACAAAAAAAAUUGUGCAUCAAAUAACAAUGAAAAUGGUGAAUAUAAUGAAGAAGAAAAGGUUACAUAUAAAUGUGUUGGAGGUGGUAUGAAUUUCAUUUCAAAUCCUUUAAAACAUGUAAAAAAAUGUGUUCCUACUAAUAAUGGAUACUAUGGAAACUAUAAUUGCGUUGAUGCUUUAAAAUAUAUUAGGAAUUACAAUUGUACUAAUCCAAAACAAUAUAUAAAAAAUUACAAUUGUACUAAUCCUAAACAGUAUAUAAAAAAUUACAAUUGUACUAAUCCAAAACAAUAUAUAAAAAAUUACAAUUGUAUUAAGAUUGUGAAAUCAGCUAUGUCUGAUAAUUUAUGUUCAUACAAAAUUAAAAAUAUGAAAGAGAACUUAAAUUGCCAAAAAGUUUCAAAAAAUCUUCAACGUUUAGAAAGAAAUUAUGAGAAAUUUGGAGAUUCAUAUAAAAAUUAUAUUAACAAGUAUUUGACUAAUGUAAGAAGAACAAUUAAUGAUAAAAAAGAAUGCUGUACAAAAAAUAUUAACUGUAACUAUAAUUUUUUCAGCAAUAAUUUUUGUAAAUUGGCGUCUAAUAAUUGUUUAAACCUCAGUAAAGUUUAUUCAAGAAAAAAAUCUAAGAGUAAACCACUUAAUAAUAAGAAAUAUUUCUCAUUCCUAAAUGAGUGCUAUAAAAAUCAUGUCAAUUCAAUUAAAAGAAAAAUUGACAGAAACAAAAAAUUUAUUAAUAAUUACUGUAAUGCUUGUUACAUUGAUUGUUCCAAUAAUGCAAUUACAUCUAAUGAAUUAUCUAGAAAAUCCUCUUGUUUUGAUUAUGGAAAUAUUGAAGUUAAUUCAAUAGGUCAUAUUAAUUCUUUCAAUGAAGAAGAUAUGGGAUUAAAGGCUUUAUAUAAAACUAAUUCUUACAACAUAGUAAGAGAAACUAGUAACUCUACAGCUAGUUAUAGAAGCUAUGCUAAUAUUAACUCAAAAAAUGAUUUCGGUUAUAAACUACAGAAUGGAAAUAAUUGCUUAAAUACGGGUAUUAAAGCAUUCAAAUACUUGAAAAAAAUUGUUCCUUCUUAUGAAUUUGCUGAAAAUGAAAUUAUUUAUGAUGAAGAUAAAAAAAUAUUUUUUGAUUUGGAAGAUAACACAUACAUUCAUGUUAAGGGAAAUUUAUAUUAUAAUACAAAAGAUAAAUUAUUUUAUGAUAUUGAAUAUGUCCAAGAUUUUUCAUAUGGUUGUGUAAAAAGUAAUAUAGAAAAUUUUUAUAAUUUUAUGAUCACAGAAAAAUAUGCUCCAUGCAAAAUAAUUAUGAAAAUGUGCUCACAUAUUAAUGAAUUUAUGUAUAACUUAUUAAGUUUAAGGAAAUUUGAAUUGUAUUAUAAAGAAAGACAAAAUUUAGUUGAGAUUAUUAUUAAGUAA